AUGGUAAAAAAUUCAAUUAUACCUGUUAUUUCACAAGAAAAAAAAGAAAAAAACCCAGGAUCGGUUGAAUUUCAAAUAUUCAAAUUUACCGAUAGAAUACGAAGACUUACUUCACAUUUUGAAUUGCACCGAAAAGACUAUUUAUCUCAAAGAGGUUUACGUAAAAUUUUGGGAAAACGACAAAGAUUGCUGUCUUAUUUGUCAAAGAAAGAUAGAAUACGGUAUAAAAAAUUAAUAAAUCAGUUUGAUAUUCGAGAGUCACAAAUUCGUUAA